AAUUUGAAGUGGAUGUUGUUUUGAACAGGGACACACUGGGAAGCUGUUUCUUCCUGCGGACAGAGAUCACCCUGAAGGGGGCCACGUACCAGAUCUCCUUCUCUGACACGGACCAGCUGCCUCCACCUUUCCGCAUCGACAACAUCUCUGAAGUUCCAAUCCAGUGCUGGCAGCAUGGUGUGGCGGACGUCCGCCUGCACACUGAGGUGAAGGCGGACUGCUUGCUGGACUACGCCUGUGACGAGCCCACCCUGCCCCCCUACCUCACUCUGACCGUGAAGGGGGCGGGAUCCUCAGAGGUCACUGCAGACAUGAACUUCUUCAGAGAGUACAACAAGCUUUACUACGAGAACUUCAUCUACAUCGCUGCCACGCACACCUUCUCACCGAAAGUGGAGAAGAGGCCUGUUGGGAAGAAGCGUCUGGUGAGCUGUGCUGAACUGGUCCUCGACGUGGACACUAAGACUCAAAGGGUCAUCCUGAAAAAGAAGGAGCCAGGGAAGCGCUCUCAGCUGUGGAGGAUGACGGGGACCGGCAUGCUGUGCCAUGAGGGCUCGUCCCCCCCGCAGAGCAAGCCUGCACAGCCCCGCCCCCUGGACUCUUCUUUGGUGCUGGACAUUGCAGGGCUGGCAGCUGUCAGUGACAACAGUUUCGAGCCGCUGAUGCUGAGGAGGCCAGACUCUCGCCGCAGCACCACCCAGACCUGGUUCUUCAGCUCAGGCAUGCUGACCUGCGGCCUUCCCCGGCUGGUGGUGCAGGUGGGAACACCAAGCUGUGUUUAUAUGUCUUUGGUUUGGAAUUUUGAUGCAUGAAAAUAGAAGAAGAAGAAGAUUCAGGGUUCGUACGGGUGCUUGAAAUCCUUGAAAAUGCUUGAAUUUUUACGAGGUGUUUUCAUGACUUGAAAAGUGCUUGAAUUUUGGGAAUGGUGCUUGGAUUUGAGAUAAAGUGCUUGAAAUUGUAAAUGCUUUACUUUUACAAUAAAUUGCUGUCUGACUGAAUAGUUCGCUUUUUAGAUUAAAAGAAAAUAAAGAAGUCGGAGCGAGCUUAGUUGCUUCGCUUCUACAUAAAACAGCUCCGCUCCGGCCUUCCCGCGCUAUGCGCGCGACCUGCAAGUGUUUUAUUUUGUGUGACCUGGGCAUUCUAAUGAGAGAAUGACAGUAUGCCAGGAGGUUGCUGUUUUAACGAGCGUUGGCUAUCCGAAAAGAAAUACAAGCUGUGGCUAAAACGAGGAUCAACCCAACGAUUCGCCUUCUGCACAGUUUGCCACAAAG